AUGGUCUCGCGCUCCUCCCUUGCCUCGUCCUCGUCGUCGACCCGAGGCGGCACUCUCGCUCCACCUGCCCCCGAGUACAUCCUCAGAGGGCACAGCGCACCCAUCUCGGUCCUCGGCUUCUCGCGCUGUGCCCAAUACCUCUUCAGCGGCGACACGGACGGCUUUGUUGCCGUGUGGGACCUGUCCACCUUCCGGCCACGGUACUUCUGGCGCGCGCACGAUGCCGGCAUCCUCGGCCUUGUCGAGCUGGGCGAUCAAGGGCUCCUUUCUCACGGCCGCGACAACCUUCUGCACCUGCAUCGCUUUCCCUCCCGCACCGACGCGUCGUCCAUCGCCGACCAUGGCGCAGCGACCGCCGUCCCGUCGCCUGCCACGCCGUCAACCGGCAUCGAGCGCGCCUGGUCGCUCGACGUCAACGCCAUGAGCUUCUGCCGCAUGAGCGUGUGCCUCGUCGGCGGGAGGACGCGCGAGGCAAAGGGCAAAGAGCGAGCGGUCGAGCAGGACCGCCCGGACGAGGAGGCCCUGGUCGCGGUGCCGAGCUUGACCAAGGACGACUUUGUCGACAUCUUCCACUAUCCUUCCAAGGCUCGAGCGCAUCGCUCGGUCGGCGCCGGCGCGUUCGUCGGGCAGAAGACGGGGACGGUCAUGGCGACGCAGCUCUUCUACCUCGCGUCUCCCGACACUCCUCGUCCCCCUCGACCAGCCGUCGCCGAGCAGGCGCUCCCCACCGAGGCCGACGCAGCUCUUCCUCCACCUUUCCUCCACAUCCUCAUCGCCUACGAGUCGGGCCAGCUCGCCCUGUUCCGCUUCGCGCCCACCCGCACCUUCGACCUCGUCCCGACCCCGUCAACCUCGCCUGCACCUGCGCGGUCGCUCAUGAGUCUCGCCGUCACGGCCGACCAACGCUUCGCCUACACCGUCGGCGCCGACCACCACAUGGUGGCCUACCGCCUCGUCGACGCCAACGACGCAGAAGCCGGCCUUCCACGCUCACACACCGAGCUGACGGCGUCGGCGGGCAAGGCGGCUGUCGUCGUGCGCGAGGACGGCAAGGUGCUCGCGACGGCAGGGUGGGACGGCGAGGCGCGCUUCUACAAGGCCAAGACGCUCGAGCCGCUCGCCGUCCUUAGCCACCACCGCACGUCGCUUCAAGCGGCCGCCUUUGCGCCGCUCAACCCGACAGCACCAUCGCCCGUGUUCAGCGACUGUCCUACCGACGACGACGACGACGACGAGGUGGCGGGCGGUGCGGGCCGCGCCGGCGGGACGAGGCGGGCGUGGCUCGCGACGGGCGGGCAGGAGGCAAAGAUUGGGCUGUGGGAGGUCUACCCGCCGAGGCGGGCGGUCGCGAGGGCACCUUGA